AUAAUCAAUAACUAAUAAUGGCAAAGACAUAUGACUAUUUAUUUAAACUGCUUCUAAUUGGAGAUUCGGGUGUCGGAAAAACUUGUGUGCUCUUCAGGUUCUCCGAAGAUGCAUUCAACACAACCUUUAUCUCCACCAUUGGAAUCGAUUUUAAAAUACGCACAAUUGAACUAGAUGGUAAAAAAAUAAAACUACAAAUAUGGGAUACUGCUGGACAGGAAAGGUUUCGUACAAUUACAACGGCUUACUAUCGUGGUGCGAUGGGCAUAAUGCUUGUUUACGACGUAACAAAUGAAAAAAGUUUUGAGAAUAUUAAGAACUGGAUUCGUAACAUUGAAGAAAACGCAUCGGCAGAUGUCGAAAAAAUGUUGCUAGGUAACAAAUGUGAAUUGACUGACAGGAGACAAGUGUCGAAAGAGAGAGGCGAACAAUUAGCAGUCGAAUAUGGUAUUAAAUUCAUGGAGACUUCUGCUAAAUCAAGUAUCAAUGUCGAGGAAGCUUUUUACACCCUAGCACGUGAUAUUAAAGCUAAAAUGGAAAAAAAAUUGGAGGCAUCGAAUCCACCAAAAAGCGGAGGAAAUCAAUUAAAAGCAUCAGAACCAGCGAGAAAACCACCGAAUUGGCUUUCACGAUGUACUAUACUCUGACCCUACAUUAUUAUUGUAAAGGCCACCUCGAUGUCUACCGUUUUUAAUUGUAAAAAAUUUUUUUACAAGCUUCAAUUAACACCACCAACAAUCAUAACAUCAACUCAAAAAAAAAAACUCGGAGGCUGCAGUUGCGGUUUACAAUAAACAGCAGUGCGAUAUCAGCCUCAGAGCUUUAAAAUUAUUCGAAACUUCUUAAUCAUUUUUAACGAAUUAAAAUCACAAUCUUGUAAUAUUAUUUUAAUUAAAAAAAAAAAAAAGAAAAAAAAA